CCAUAUCAUAUAGAAUCCGCGCGGCGUAUGGCCAGAAACUACGAUGCAACAGGAACAACAGGCUCGGAAGCUACCAUUACCACCCGUAUACUGCCCCGUUUUCAGACAGUCCAGGAGCGCAUUUUCUGUGGCCGCAAGAUUACUCAUGAAUCCCAUCCCCCGGCUUUGCUGAGGACGUAUUAUGGCGACGUUAAUGGGCAGGACCAGGAUGGGGCUCACAAGGUCAUGAUUGGGAAUGCGAUACUUAAUAACCUCGUUGACAAGGACGGGACGUGGAAUGACAAGGCUCUAUACGACUUUGGCGACGAUUGGCAGCGCCUGCUGCUGCGCGUGCCGGAGCUGUGUGAUCAAGAGCGUCACUCCACCGAGGAGGACUACCGCGAGAGCGAACAUGAAGAAGACAUCGAAGCCCCCCCAGCUAGCGAUCGCGAGGCAUUGGAGCGGUGGCUGUGGUCUCGUAACGUCGCCAUUCGGCUCUAUGUCACCGAUCGCGAAGCCAUGGAAAGUGGCAAAAUCAAGGUUUUCUACCUCGACACCCACGGCGAUGCCAUAUGGCAUCACAAGGUCAGCGCCGAGAAUCUGCUGGAAUAUAAUGGCGCUUGGAAUUCCAUGAGCUUGGCUGAGAUCAAUGCCUGCUUCUCAUCCUCUCAGGUGAAUGGUUGCGAGUUAUUCAUUUGAGCUGCGGGUACGUAGAUAAUCU